AUGGGUGAAUCAUUCGAAGGGUGGACAUCGUGGGUUGAAGAUGCAUAUUUGCUAUGUACACCUGAAGAUCCUGAGUGCUUGAAGCAUCACUACAUUACACGAACCGAGAAAGACGAGCCUCAAUACACAGUAGAUGAAGAAAUUGCCAUGAUGAACGAACAAAUCGAGAAGAGCGAGGGAUUCGAUAUUGAUUUCUCGUUGUUCCGGUGUCUGUUCAACUACCAUCUUGUUGAUCCUGAUGAUACUGACUUCGUUGAGGAGCCAGAAACCACUGGGGAUCUAAUGAAGAGGCUUUCUCAAGAAUCCCUUAAGCGCCACAAUGAGGAGGAGGGCACGGGGUUCGAAUUUGUCAAGUUUGUGAAAGCCAAUUUUCACUAUAGCUCAGGGUUCAUGUUUCUCAUAACGUUUCAAGUGAUGGAUCCGUCUGAUGACCAGGAAAAACUCUUCCAAGCUAGGGUUCGUUACUCUUCUCGUUUCCCGGCUCAAUACGUCUUUUGUAGGCCUAAACCCGAUCCAGAAGUGGACUCUGAUGAAAUUUCCGAGGAAGAUGUCAAAGGCGUAUGA